AUGGCAUCUGUUCAAUCCUCGAAGCGUCCAAAGCUUCACCACCAAGGUUCGAGUUCAAACCCAGUCACCCUCCCCAACGAUGACAGCAGUGGUUCGGUAGCCGCCAACUUCAACAAUACCGCGCGCUCUGAGUCGGACUCUCUUCAGCAGCUUCUAGCCACCCUCGAUAACCUUAACCGCACUGAACACCUGGCCAAGGUACUGGUAAAGGUGCGAAUCGCCGAGACCCAGUACGCGACCAUCAGAGCCGAGGUGGAAAAGCAAAGCCAAGGCUCCACGGUCAUUCAGCAGGAGAUAGACCGCUGGCAGGUGUUGUCCGACAUGGUCAGAAAUGGUGCAGGAGAACCCGAUACACGCUUGCAAAUGAAUGCUGCUUCCCAUGGACGAAAAGUGAACUCCAAUUCCGAGAACGACCGUCGUCACCAAAACCCUCCAAUCGGCCUCGCAAGCCCCUCUCCGGGCCAGAUUGCAAGCUUGUCACCUGUUGCCGGCCGCAUCUGCAUACGAGCCCGCCGGCUGUGCGAAGCACUCGAUCGAUUGUCCAAAGUCCUGAGGGCUCGCUUUAACAUGUGGGAGGCGUUGUGGGAUGUCUACGACGCAAUGACAAAGCCUGGCCCAAGUUCAAGACCGACUCUGGCAAGACAGCAGUGGGAGGGCGGAGACCAACCGUCAAUGUGGCAGAACUUGAUGAGAAACGAGGUUGAUGUGCAGGCUGCAGGGAGACAAGUGGACGAGCUUGCAGGGGCGAUACUUAUGGAAGGCCGUGCAUAUCCAAGACAUAUCUGA